AUGGCUUUAUCGGGAGUGAUGUUACCUUCCAUUGCCACGUUCUCGAAUCAAAGCUGGGAAAACAGAUGGAAAUCGGAGAAUGACAACAAGCUCCCCACCGGCAGCUGCUCCAUGCUGGAGAUGGUGCACGGCGUGGACAACCUGUUCCCCAAGAAGGACGACGAGGAUCUGAGCAACUACUUAGAUCUGGAUUUUAUCCUUGACGGAGCUUCGGCCUACGUGGCCCCGGCCGACACCGGCGCGUACACAGCGACGGACGCCGCCGCGCAAGCCUUCCUGGCGGGCGAUCAUCGUUCCCCGCCGCCUCCGUACGGCGUCAGCCUCAUGACCGAGCUACUGCGCUCCGACGCCGGCUACGGAAUGACGCGCAAUCCCCAACAGGCGGGACAGGGCAGGUUUUACGCCCAGCACUUCCCACGACAGGACAUUAAAGUCGAGCCCACCAUGGACAAUUUCGGCCCCGUACUGGGCAUUGUUCCGCAAAACUGCAGCAAAAUCAAACAGGAGGGCAACGUUUCGUGCAUGAUGCCCUUUGAGCAGCCGCGCUUGGCCAUCUCCCCGCGGGCUGCCAGUAGCAGUAUGACGCCGCCGCUCAGCCCGGACGAGCAGGUGGCGGCCACGGACUUGUGCGCGCCCAUGAGCUGCUUCGCCGGGCACCAUAACAAGUACCACCACAACAACGCCUCCUUCCAGCAACAGCAGCGGCAACAACAACACAUGCACAUGGCCUACCACGGCGCACACCACCCGGCGUUCAGCGUCUACGACGAUGCCUUAGGGCUGCAGCAGCCGCCACCAGGCGCGCAAAGAGCGAUGCUCACGCCGCCCUCCUCGCCGCUAGAGCUGCUCGAGUCCAAACCGAAGCGCGGGCGCCGCACCUGGCCACGCAAGCGAACAGCCACGCACACCUGCACCUUCGCUGGAUGCGGGAAGACGUACACCAAGAGCUCUCACCUGAAGGCUCACCUGCGGACACACACGGGUGAGAAACCCUACCACUGCAGUUGGGAAGGAUGCGGAUGGAAGUUUGCCCGCUCUGAUGAAUUAACACGCCAUUUCCGCAAACACACCGGACACAGGCCCUUCCAGUGUCACCUGUGCGAGCGUGCCUUCUCCAGGUCUGAUCACCUAGCGCUGCACAUGAAGAGGCACAUGUGA